UUUGAAAAGUUAUUUACAAUGGGGAGAACAAAAGGCAUGUACGAAAAGAUGCACAUUUUGUUUAGAGGGAUUAUAACUAUCCCUGGAGAGGCAGGUCAUCCGCUGAGACCGAGGGUUUGUUGGCCAUGGCUGUUCUCUGCUGGGAAGCAGUGGUGGGGUUCACAUGGCUGGUCAUUGGAGGGAUCGCGUGUGCACCGACGACGUUUGCCUCGCCCACAUAGGCAUUGUCGUGUGCGCUGCUUGGGCCACCGUACUGGUGCUGCAUUUGUUCAGCACCGGCACGGCGUUGGUCUUGAUCGUGGUGGUGGUGGUGGUGCAGCGUGCCCGAGAUCUUCUCCUUGAUCUUUUCCGCAAAGCUGGGUCUGCGACCGGUGUUGGGGGCUGUGGUUGUGGAGGUGUACGUGGAGCUGUUCUGUUCGGUCAUUAUGAGAGAAUUGAGAAAGAGACUGCAGGUGCGGCAAAAGAAGAGACGAUUCGACGCGUCUCAGUCGUGGUGCCUCCAUUUGGCGGCGUAGACAGCAGUUCGUAUGACCUCCGGUCAGGAAGGGAUAGUUUACGCCUAAAUGACAGCGUUGGGGUGAUAUCAUCGAGCGCAUCCUCAACACCCCUUUCCCCUGUGCUCUGUGCGCAAGGUAGACUAUGGGCCCAUUACACUGUAUGCCCGUACGUGGUGUACGUGAGACUAAUAUUACAUUCCGCCGCCGAUUGUCGUAAUCGAGUGGAUAAGCACUCUAUCCUGGAUAAGCACCAUCCCGACAUUUCUUCUUUUUUCCCCUCUGGUGACUGAGUAAUGAUGACCCCUGUGAGCCCUAGACUGGUUUGUACUCUGAAGACUGGGCUUGAAAUGGUGUUGGAUAUGACCCGCGCGCCUUCGGUAGUUACCC